AACUUUUGUGAAAAAAAAUUACUCUCCAUUAGUCUGUGAGCCACUUAAGGAUAAGGACUUUACUUUGUUGAACUCUAACCCCACCAUCAGCAUUAUCAGUAUAUAGAAGACUGCUCAAUAGAUUUUGAAUCAAUUAAUAAAGACACGGGUGGCUUAAACAGCCUUACAAUGUUCAAGUCCAGAAUUUUGGUAAAGCCAAAACACAGUGAGACUUAUACAACAAUUAUAACCAAGUCCAGGUUUUCAACUUUGAAAAAGUCAAAAGGCAAAUGCUAAGCAAUGAUGCUUACCCAAGCUGGCCAAGCCCCCAAAACACAGAUCCAAAACUACUUAUCUGGUAAGAAGGUCAGAAUUUUUUUUUAAAUGUGGCAGGGGAAUAUCAACUAUUCAACACCCUUAAAAAACAGGAGUUCCAGCUUUCGUUGCCAAUAGUGUGCACGCAAACAUGGUGAACGUUCCUAAAACCCGCCAGACUUUCUGUAAGAAAUGUGGCAAGCACCAACCUCACAAAGUGACACAAUACAAGAAGGGCAAGGAUUCUCUGUAUGCCCAGGGAAAGCGGCAUCAUGACAGGAAGCAGAGUGGCUACGGUGGACAUACUAAGCUGAUUUUCCAGAAAAAGGCUAAAACUACAAAGAAGACUGUGCUGAGGAUUGAGUGUGUCGAGCCCAGCUGCAGAUCUAAGAGAAUGCUGGCUAUUAAGAGAUGCAAGCAUUUUGAACUGGGAGAAGAUAAGAAGAGAAAGGGCCAAGUGAUCUAGUUCCAAGCAUCUUUUGUUUUAUUAUGAAGAUAAUAAAAUCUUGAGGAUAUGUUAAUUACUUCAUUUGGUUGGACUUUUGGGAGGGAAUAAACUAGAGCCAAA